UCGCGACAAUACCCGCGGGACUUUGUUAAAUACAGAAAAUAUGGCGGACAGACUAACGCAGCUUCAAGACGCUGUGAAUUCGCUUGCAGAUCAGUUUUGUAAUGCCAUCGGCGUCUUGCAACAAUGUGCGCCUCCUGCCUCCUUCAGUAACAUCCAGACGGCUAUCAACAAAGAUCAGCCUGCAAACCCAACCGAAGAAUAUGCCCAGUUAUUUGCAGCACUGAUCGCCAGAACAGCCAAAGAUGUUGAUGUACUCAUUGACUCUCUGCCUAGUGAGGAGUCCACAGCAGCUUUGCAGGCGGCCAGUCUACGGCAGCUAGAGGAGGACAACCAUGAGGCAGCAGCUCGUCUUGAGGAAGUGGUUUACCGUGGCGAUAUGCUGCUGGAGAAAAUCCAGAGUGCCCUAGCAGACAUUGCCCAGUCUCAGCUGCGCACCCGCAAUGGAGCACUGAGCCAGACUUCACCAGCCGAAUCCUGACCUGCAAAAUACCUAAUGCAGUUUAGGACAACUUCACUCCCAUUCUGACUAUUGUUUACCUGCAGACAUUGACUGCAAACAUCAAAAUGCUCAAACACGGGCUGAAUAUGUCUGAGGGGCAACACACAGGUAUUUCGGAAUUAUAUUUUCUUAUGCCUUUUAAGUAAUUUGGUUCAGAAAGAGUUACAAAUACACAGACGUCUUGACUGUGUAUUUGUGAAACCGAACUGGAGGGGAGUAAAAUCAUCUUUGCAUACACAUUGUUUUGCUUGUGUGCCUUUUUUUUUUCUUGAUGCAGAAAAGUUGGAAAAAUACUUCUGUCAGGUUUUGUUUUUGUACAUGUUAUAUAUUGAUAUGAAAUAAAUCAAUUGUAAUUUUUUUGUACACUCUUCAGAUUGCUUUAAAAAGUUUAAUUGCCCAGUUUAAAUGAGUGUUAGAUGAGUCUCUUUUCUGUU